GUACACUUGUAUCUUAGCACUACACUUGAAACCAUCCACGCCAUUGUUAGGCAAGAUUAACGUGAUCGAUCGAAUCGACUCGACAUAUAGUUGAUUGACUGAAAAAGAAGUACUUCAUGGCAUCUCCGGCCAUCUCCGGCCAGGUCCUCGACGGCUCGAACCCGUCGGUGGCCCGCCUGCGGCAGCUCAUCGGCGGCCGGGAUCCUUCAGAUGGGUGGAGCCGGUGCUGGGAGGAAGGCGUGACGCCGUGGGACCUGGGCCAGCCCACACCGGCCGUCGUCGAGCUCGUGCGGUCUGGGACCCUGCCCAGUGACGCUGCCACCGUCCUCGUCCCGGGAUGCGGCGCGGGGUACGACGUGGUUGCGCUCUCCGGCCCCGGCCGCUUCGUCGUCGGCCUCGACGUCUGCGAGACCGCCAUCCAGAAGGCCAAACAGUGGUCGUCCUCAUCAUCGGCCGACGGCAGUUUCUUCGCCUUCGUCGUGGCGGACUUCUUCACCUGGGAGCCGCCGGAGCUGUUCGACCUCAUCUUCGACUACACAUUCUUCUGUGCUCUGCACCCGUCCAUGAGGCCAGCAUGGGCGAGGAGAAUGGCCGAAGUGUUGAAGCCAGAUGGAGAGCUCAUUACCCUCAUGUACCUGGCUGAAGGUCAGGAGGCUGGGCCACCAUUCAAUACAACAGUGCUCGAUUAUGAGGAGGUGCUGAAGCCCCUGGGUUUCGUGAUUACCAGCAUCCAAGACAACGAGGUGGCAGUCGAGCCACGAAAGGGAAUGGAGAAAAUUGCAAGGUGGAAGAGGAUGGCACACCCAACCCAAUCGAUCUGAAUUCUGCACAGCAAAAUUACCGAGGCCAGAUAUAUACUUAUUUGCACGCAUGCAUGAUGUGCACUACUGAAAUAUAAAGCGUACGCAUGCUCAGCAUGCAUACGAAAGACCCAGCUCGGUCUCUUGUGUGUAUUGGUAUAUAAUUAUUGUUAGUGAUCACGUUUAUUUGUGGAUCUAUUGCAAACAAAAUGUUGUUGUC